GGAAGGUGACUGGUAGACGUUAGAGAAAGAAUACAGGUGGAGGCGGUGAGCGUUGUUUGGUCUGGGCGGCUGGACGUGGAGCUGGAGGAAGAUGCAUGGAUAUCAAGUGCAUGGUGGAGUGGAAACGGAGUGGUUCCUGGAAAGACGAGACACCUCCAGAGUACCCUGGCCUAGACGAUUCUACUCAGGCCUUGGACCAGCCUCUUCCAGGAAGCCCUCAGGGUGCCAAGGGGUCAGCCUCCCUGCCCACCCCACGCCUCUGCAGUGGACCCUCACCUCAGCUCCAGCUUCCUAGCAUCAUGAGUGCCCCUCGCCCCUCCACACCAGCACCCGGCCUCGCUGAGGCUGCAGGGGGCACCCGGGCCAAAGGCGCUAGGCUGUCCCAGCGGCUGCCAUCCAUCGUGGUGGAGCCCAGUGAGGCGGGGGCCGUGGAGAGUGGAGAGCUGCGGUGGCCCCCAGAAGGUCCCCCAAGAGGGACCCCCCAGGGUCAGGCUGCUGCUGCUCCCCCAUUCAGGAGCUACUGGGCACAUACACGCUCCCCUCCCCGACUUCUGGGCUCCAGGAUGGGCAUGGGUUGGGGGAAGGGCAGUCAACCUUCAGUGAUGAGUGUGUGCCAGUGCCGCCCACCCAGCCCAGAAGGUGCCAAGAGGCAAAAGUGGGCCCUGAGGAACACAGGUACAAAUGGCCCUGCAGCUGCUCUGGUGUCGGUCUGGGUCAUUGCAGCCAGAGUGGACGUGCCCGUCCUGGACACCAUCGAGAGGGCCCCCCCCCCCUUUGCAACACUGACCUCAGAGACAUAG